CAAAUGACGUCUAAUUCAUGCGGCCGUCACAGAUUCGCACGAGGAAGGUUGUUAUCGACUUGGAAAGGAUUUUUAAAUGCGCUCAAAUCAACAUUUAUACAAAUUAGUUUAUGUUUUGGACAUUUCGUUUUUAAAUAAACUUGUUUAAAAUGGCCACGUUUGAGUCUAUCGGGCUAUGUGAGUGGUUGAUUCAGCAGUGUAAGCAGAUGGGCAUCAGCCGACCGACUCCUGUACAGGAGAAAUGCAUUCCUGCCAUAUUGGAGGGUCGGGAUUGCAUGGGCUGUGCAAAAACUGGAAGUGGAAAAACGGCAGCAUUUGUUCUUCCAGUGGUGCAGAAGUUAUCUGAGGACCCUUAUGGUGUUUUCUGCUUGGUGUUAACACCCACCAGAGAGCUCGCUUACCAGAUCGCAGAACAGUUCAGAGCAUUAGGGAAGCCCCUAGGCUUAAAGGACUGUAUCAUUGUGGGAGGAAUGGACAUGGUCACUCAGGGUUUGGAGUUGUCGAAAAAGCCACAUGUUGUUAUUGCCACUCCGGGACGACUUGCUGAUCACAUCCGAAGCUCUGACACAGUUAACCUGAGCAGAAUCCAGUUUCUAAUCCUGGAUGAAGCUGACCGUCUUUUAGAGCAGGGCUGCACUGAUUUCACUAAAGAUCUAGAGGUCAUUCUCAGUGCUGUGCCCGCAAAACGCCAGACGCUGCUGUUUAGUGCCACACUCACAGACACGUUACAGCAGCUGCAGAGCAUUGCCAUGAACAGGCCCUUCUUCUGGGAGCACAAAUCAGAUGUACGGACUGUAGAAGAACUGGAUCAGAGAUUCAUCCUCACUCCUGAGAAAGUCAAAGAUGCAUACUUGGUCAAUCUCAUCCAAAAGUUCCAGGAUGAACAUGAUGAUUGGUCUAUCAUAAUAUUCACUAACACAUGCAAGAACUGCCAAAUACUCACAAUGAUGCUGCGUGAAUUCAAUUUCCCAACCAUCUCUCUGCACUCAAUGAUGAAGCAGAGACAGCGUUUUGCCAACCUUGCGAAGUUCAAGUCCAACGUCUUUAAAAUUCUUAUAGCCACAGAUGUUGCUGCCAGGGGUUUAGAUAUUCCUACAGUGCAAGUUGUUAUUAAUCACAACACACCAGGUUUGCCAAAAAUCUACAUCCACAGAGUGGGACGAACCGCUCGAGCUGGCCGAAAUGGUGUGUCAAUCACUCUAGUCACACAGUAUGACAUCCACCUCAUCACUGCUAUUGAGGAACAGACCCAGGUGAAACUGAAGGAGUAUCCUGUUGAAGAGAAAGAGGUGUUGAAGAUCCUCACCCAAGUCAACGUAACAAGACGACAGUGUGAAAUUAAACUGGAGUCCACUGAUUUUGAUGAGAAAAAGAAGAUAAACAAAAGGAAACAGAUGAUUCUGGAGGGAAAAGAUCCAGAUUUGGAAGAAAAAAGGAGAAAUGAACUAGAUAAGAUCAGCAGAAACAAGAAGAAACUGAAAGGAAAAACUCAAGAAAGCCUCCAGAACAAAAAGGAAAAGAAAAAAAACAAAGCAAAAACGACAGAAGUAGACUCUUAACGUGUUCUUGGCAUUGUACAUUUACAUAGGUGUGUAUAUAACAUAAACAAAUGUAUAAAAUAUCUCUGAUCAUUAUUUCAAAAUAAACUGCAUUUUAUGAAC